GGGAGGACGUACCAGGUCGGCGCUCUCCUUGCACCUCGUGUGGCUUCCCCUUGGACUUACUCAACCUUCUCGAAAACGUAACUAAUCAGCCGGAAUUAAUAGUGGACAAGAAUGAAGCCCCGAGCUUCCUCGUCGUUUUUCAAUCUCCUGACUGCUUUGGCCAUAGUCGUAUCGUCGUCCGUAGCCCCCGUGACAGACACUGGGCAGGAAAUCAAGAUACCGAGAACGAAAGAAGACCAUCUUGAGGACACACCCAAUACCAUGGAGCCAUUUUGGAAGGGACCCAGGGUAGACACCCUGCACUCAGGAAACGUGUCCACGGUCCUGGGAAGAACGGCUUCUUUGAGAUGUCGAGUUCUGGAUCGAGGAAAUAAAACAGUAUCGUGGAUUCGCCAUCGAGAUUUGCAUCUGCUGACUGUCGACCAGUAUACUUAUACUUCAGACCAGAGGUUUCAGGCAAUAUAUGAACCCUCAACUGGCGACUGGGUUUUGCUAAUUGGAUCAGUGCAGUCACGUGACCGAGGUGUCUACGAAUGUCAAAUUGGAACAACUCCGCCGAUCAGCCAUUUCGUCACAUUACACAUAAUGGAACCACGAACAGAGAUUCUGGGCGGAGACGAUUUGCACAUAAACCUGGGAUCUACCAUCAACCUCACGUGUUUGGUCAUGUACCACGCUCGCUCUCCAUACACCCUCGUAUGGUUGCAUAAAGGAAAGGAAGUGCAUUACAAUUCCGCCAGAGGAGGAGUUACAGUUCUCACAGAGGCUGGUGAGGUGACCAGAUCUGCCCUCCUAAUUCAAAAAGCGACGUUAGAGGAUGCUGGUAACUAUACCUGUAAGCCCAAGGGAGCAGCUCCUGCCACGGCGAGAGUGCACGUGCUUCAUGGUAAUCAUGCUAUGAAACAAUGUUAAAGAAGUACUAUCUUGCAUCAUUUCACGUAAAAGAGCCAUAAAGAUUAUCUCCUCCAGGUGCAUUGUUUUACCAGGUCACCAUUUUUCACAGCUUU